UCCUCUUCGGGACACGCGUACCUCUGUUAUUAGCGCCGAUUUUAUUUUACAGAGGAACGCGGGCAGUCUGAACCGACCCUGAUUAAUUUCUCGUUUCGGAGACACUUUCUGGGCGCCUGAAGGCGGAAUGUCCGGGACUGAAUACCGGGGGAAGAAGAGCAUCCCUCAUUUAACGAGUGAGCCCCUGCUCAUCACAGGAGGGAGGGUUGUGAAUGACGACCAGUCGCUCUUCGCCGACGUCUACCUGGAGGACGGGCUGGUGAAGCAGCUGGGGCAGAACCUGACUGUCCCUGAGGGGGUGAAGAUUAUUGAGGCUCAUGGGCGCCUGGUGAUUCCUGGGGGCAUCGAUGUCAACACCUGCCUGCAGAAGCCCUACCUGGGCAGCCCCCCUGUGGACGACUUCUUCCAGGGCACCAAGGCCGCCCUCGCUGGGGGAACCACGAUGAUCUUGGACCAUGUGACCCCCCAGCCCGGGGAGAGUCUCCUGCAGGCGUUUGAAACGUGGCAGGAAGCAGCAGACUUCAGCACUGAGCCCAACAGAACUUCAGCACUGAAACGACGCUCUCUGCUGUGCAGUGGGGACCUGCAGGUGGUUGGCAGUGCACACUGCGCUUACAGCACGUCUCAGAAGGCCAUUGGGAAGGACAACUUCACCCUCAUCCCUGAGGGGACCAACGGGGUGCAGGAGAGGAUGGCCUUCGUGUGGGACAGGGCUGUGGCUGAGGGUAAGAUGGAUGAGAACCAGUUUGUGGCUGUAACCAGCACCAACGCUGCCAAGAUCUUCAACCUGUACCCUCGCAAGGGGCGCGUUGCAGUGGGGUCGGACGCUGACAUCGUGAUCUGGGACCCCGAGCAGAUCAGUACCAUCACCGCCAAGAAGCAGCAGUCGGCCCUGGAGUAUAACAUCUUUGAGGGAAUGGAGUGCAGAGGGGGCCCCCUGGUGGUGAUCAGUCAGGGCAGAGUGGUGCUUGAGGACAACACGCUGCAGGUGCAGGCGGGGGCUGGCCGCUACAUCCCGCGAAAGCCUUUCCCUGACCACGCCUACCAGCUAAUCAACAUGAGGAGCCAGGCAACUGGGAAGCAGGGCGUGUCCCGGGGCAUGUAUGAUGGGCCUGUGUAUGACGUCCCUGCCACGCCCAAGUACAUGACCCCCACCCCCUCAGCCAAGACCUCCCCCACCCAGCACCAGCCUCCACCAAUCAGGAACCUCCAUCUGUCCAACUUCAGCCUAUCAGGUGCCCAAAUCGAUGACAACGUUCCUCGGCGCUCUGGACACCGCAUUGUGGCGCCCCCUGGUGGUCGCUCCAACAUCACCAGCCUGGGCUGAGCUUUGGGGGGUGUAGGUGUGCGUUUACCAGCCGGGGCUGAGCUUUGGGGAGUGAAGGUGUGUGUUUACCAGCUGGGGCUGAUCUUUGGGGGGUGUAGGUGUGUGUUUACCAGCUGGGGCUGAUCUUUGGGGGGUGAAGGUGUGUGUUUACCAGCUGGGGCUGAUCUUUGGGGGGUGAAGGUGUGUGUUUACCAGCUGGGGCUGAUCUUUGGGGAGUGAAGGUGUGUGUUUACCAGCCGGGGCUGAUCUUUGGGGGGUGAAGGUGUGUGUUUACCAGCCGGGGCUGAUCUUUGGGGAGUGGAGGUGUGCGUUU